AUGGAGUUGAGGGUAACAUUUCUGGGGCCUGCCGCGUCCUUUUCCCAUCAGGCGGCCGUAGAGACAUUUGGCACUUCUGCUGAAUUGUCUCCCUGUCUUUCCUUCGCAGAUGCUUUUGCUGCUGUCCAACAAGGGAAGGCAGACUAUGCUAUCAUUCCUUUCGAGAACUCGACCAAUGGAUCAGUCGUUCAAACCCUUGACCUCCUAGCAGACAGACUUAACCUCUACGGGGAUGUGACAGUCUGUGGAGAACAUUAUUUGACAGUCCAUCACUGUCUCAUGAUCCGAAAAGAUCAUGCGUCCUCGCCUGACCGACCGACUUACGACUCGUUAACGAAGUUAUAUACACACCCACAAGCCUGGGGACAAUGUGAUAUUUUUUUGGAUAAACACUUCAAAGGUGUUGAAAGGCAGGAUGUCUCAUCAACCUCAAAGGCCGCGGAAAUCGUUUCGAAGGAGACCACAGAGCGAAGCGCCGCUAUUGCCAGUCAUUUCGCAGCAUCAUAUCAUGGCGUGGAAAUUCUGGCGGAGAACAUCGAGGAUAAAGCCGACAACACAACGCGCUUCUUGGUGUUGGGAAAUGCCCAAUUAGAAUUGACCGCUCGCGUUCCCUUCGAAAAUGUAAAGGUUUCCUCGGCGCGACAGCAACCUGGGCCUUUAGACACCACAUUGAAGACACUGAUCUCGUUCAUGGUCAACCAGGAUUUUCCAGGGGCACUGGCAGAGGCUCUCUUGAUCUUCAAGGCUCAUGGGGUGAAUCUUACGAGCAUAAACACACGGCCAAGUAAAAAACGAGCUUGGCAAUAUGUGUUUUUUGUGGAAUGUAAAAGAAUUCCCACGGCUGAAAAUAAAGAAGCCAUCGCUAGGAUCCUACAUGGCCUUCAGGAGGUCACCGAAAAUUGCAGAGAUCUGGGAACCUGGAAAGACGAACUCCCAAGCAACUAA